AUGGAGGAGACGAAGGCCUGCUACGGCUUGCAAUCAAUACCUCCGACCCGUCAGUGCGAAUACAGCCCAACCCCGUUCUUCGAGAGCCGGCCGAAACCUCCACAGCCGUCUGAGUCUUUUUCUCAGCAGGAGACCAACCAAUCGUUGUUUAAGACGACCCCCAACGAUUAUGCCCAUGGUCUCGAACUGUUUGGUGUGGAUGCUGCCCCGCAACAGUUCGCUGACUAUCAUCAUGCUAUUGAAAGCAACCUGGCCUCAUACUUUCCUAUUCCCGAUAUGCCUAUGAUCACGGGGCAUCCUCUACCCACUGUAUUCAUAGAAUCACCCGCCUUGACUCAUGGCACCUCAGUGUCUUCUGGUGGAAGCACAUACUCCCGAUCUGCAUCGAGUCGAGGUGGCCACUCCCCUUCUUUUGGAUCUGAAUCCUGCUUGUCCUUAGUAUCGGGUCUUGAACCUCCAAGAACGGACUUACUAUUUUGUCCAAUGUCAGACGAGGACCAAGACUACUGGCUGCAGGCUGUGCAAAAACAACAAAAGCUUCAGUUCCUGGCUUAUGGCUUUGGAGGCGUUGAUGCCUUCCGACCUGAGCAGGAGAGGUUUAGGCUGCAGAUGGAGCGCUUUCGUGAGCUAGAGCAGCACCAAAUACAGAAGAGAGACGAAAUCUCAUCCGCGGCAUACGCGCUUGGGGCUGCUCGUAACAUUCUUCCAGCUCGGUCGACCUGCGACGUGCUUGUCGACGCUUACAUCAACACCUUUGAGACGGUGUUUCGUAUCUUGCAUGUGCCAUCUUUUGUUCGCGAAUACGAGCACUUCUGGCGACAGCCUAUGAUGUUUCGGGCUACUGAGACGGAUGAGCCGCUACUAUGCAAACUUGUCGUGAUACUUGCUCUUGGCUCUACCGUCGUUGUCAGCCCUGGUGACGCGUUCACCCCAUCAUCUGCCAAUCCGACCGAAGACGUCGCAUAUCUUCAAAAACAGUCCCUCACUUGGAUCUCAUACGGUAAACGAUGGCUCACACGUCGCCUUGGCAUGGCCCAGCGCACAGAUUCCAGUACCGCUCAGGUGCUCUGUUUGCUAGCGCUUAUACGCCAUGUACACGACGACGUUGAGCGUUCGAAAGGCGUACUGGUACACCCUGGUGAUUUCGACCUUGCCAGGAUAGGUAUGCAAAUGGGCUUCCAUCGUGACCCUCUCAUCCGGACACCAGGAAUGCGCAUGUGUGAAGUUGAAACGCGCCGUCGUCUGUGGGCGACGAUGGUAGAGUUAUCACUGCAACACAGUCUCGAUGAAGGGCUACCGUCUUCGCUGUCGCCGGGGAGUUUUGAUUGCAAGCCACCCUCGGAUAUAACCGACGAAGAGCUUGAAAGCGAUAAUACACCGGGAGCUUCGCGGCAAGAGCUUCAAGGCCUAACGGCUUCCACGAUCUUGGUCCUCCUAUCGCGGACCCAACACUUGCGUCUUCAGUGUCUGCACCUCGUCAACUCACCUGGAGCAUCCAAGUCAUUCGAUAAUAGCCAUUGUCUUGCUUCUGAGCUCAACUCGUCCCAGACUGCAAACAUAAAGGCUCUACGUCGUAUGGACACAAGACCCUCCGAAUUUCAACUUCAACUGCUCCAAAUCUACACCUGGCAAUUUGUCCGCGCGCUUCAUUCACCGUUUGCCGAACAGGCUACCUGCCAUUCCUUCCACUAUUCACGCAAAUUUCGCAUGGAAGCUGCUGUACAAGUCCUCCGCUGGCCCCCCAGCCUGGCACUAGCAACCACUAAUGAAGAUGAAGGACCACGGUUGGCUCUGGUGGAGAAUCAUGCCGAUGCUUGCGUGUCGCUUCGGGUCCAUGGCCGUGGAUAUCUUAGUCGAGUUCAGAAACAAGCAGCGGUGUCAUUGUGUUCGGAUCUUAUCAGCGAGCUAGAAGAUGGAGCGUUCUGUGCCAGCAACGGCGCUUCUUGGAAGGCGAUCCAUAGUGUCAUUUAUGAUAGCAUCUUGGUGUACGAGCGUCGAGUGAGGGUAUCAUCGGCCGCUCAUGGGAGGAGGGAAUUAUUGUUUCUGGCAGCUGCUGAAGCUUAUAUCAAUGCUGUACUUGAUGAUAUUUUGCCACAGGAUGUUGACGAGACGAUCGCUCGAGCCGUAGACGGUGUAACUAGCGUGUGCUUUGAAGUCCUUGAAGGUAGAUAA